CCAAAUCGAGGCGUGCGAGCCCUCGCUACUGAACACCUCGUACAGCAGAACCUUCUUGAACUUCACGACCCCCUACGAGGCGAGCGAAGAACGCUGGAGCCGCUGCCUGCGCUACGAGUUCCAGGACAUAGACUCGGCCGACCGCUGCCAGGCCUCUAACUUCGGGACCGUAACAGAACCCUGCGGCCCAGGCCAUGUUUUUGACGACAGUUUAUUUAAGUCUUCCAUCAUCACAGACUUUGAUUUGUGGUGCGUGUCUCCCUUCUACCGGUCAUUGGCCGGGAUGUCCUAUAUGCUGGGGAUGUUGCUGGGUGCCAUCAUACUCGGGGACCUCUCCGACAGGAUAGGACGGCGGAAUACGGUGGCCGUGGCGAGCAGCAUCGUCGGCGUGUGUGGCAUCGUGUCGGCCACGGCCCCCAACUACCCCGUGUUUCUGAUGGGUCGCUUCUUCACGGGGGCGGGCGCCAUGGGCAUGUACCAGAUCACAUAUGUUCUGUUGGUGGAGUUCGUGGGGGCCAAGUACCGCACCACUCUGGGCAUGCUCAUCCCAGUACCCUUCUCGGUUGGCGAGGCGGCGACGGGGGUACUCGCUUACUUCAUCCGCGACUGGCGAUACCUGCAGGCUGCCGUCACCGUGCCAGCCUUGCUGCUCAUCUCGUAUAAAUGGGUGAUGCCGGAGUCGGUGCGGUGGUUGGUCACCCAGAACAGGACAGACGAAGCCAUCGCCUCCCUCAGACUGAUGGCCAAGACCAACGGCAAGGAGCUCACGGAGGACAGCGUCGCCUUCAUCAGAGAGAAGCCUGCCUGCCCGGCUACUGAGCUCUUCACAACCGGAAGCAGUCAGGCCGACCUCGUAGGCCACGAGGCGACCGAGGCGCCCCAAGAAAAGCCAAAGCCUCGCAAGAAGACUGUGCUGGACCUCUUCAAAACCCCCAACCUCAGGAAAAGAGCCCUCACCAUGUUCUUCUGCUGGGCCGUGGUGACGUUCGUGUACUACGGCUUGUCCCAGAACUCUGGCAACAUUGGAGGCAAUAUCUUCAUCAGCUUUAUUCUGACGAUGGUCAUAGAGAUUCCUUCAUACAUCUUUACAGUGUUCGUUCUCGACAAAAUGGGUCGCAAAGGAACAUUAAUGUUCGUGUUCCUCCUCGGCGGCGUCUCGUGCAUCAUCGCGGGCACCCUACCUAAAGACUACCACAGCGCCAUCAUGUCGCUGAGUUUGGUGGGCAAGUUCGGCGCGUCUGCUGCAUUUUCUUGUGUUUAUAUCUACGCAUCUGAGCUGUUCCCCACCGAGUACCGGGGCAUGGGGGUUGGCUGCUGCUCCAUGUUCGCUAGGGUGGGGGGCACUCUCGCCCCUCUCAUAGUAACGCUGUUCGAGAAACAGCCCGCGGUCGCUCCCGUGACAUUCGGGGUACUGGCCUGCUGCAGCGGCCUGCUGGCCAUCACUCUGCCGGAGACCACAGGGACUCGUCUGCCGCAGACCAUCGCAGAAAGCGAGAAUUUCGGCAGUGAUCAGCGGACGCUUGACUGCUGCCUCUGCCUCACCCAGCACAGAUCUGCGACUUCUGAUAAGUAACUCCACGUCCCGCUUCCCUUACAAAAUUUAGAGUCGCCCCAGC